AAGCUGCGGAGUGAGACAUCGUCUCCAACAUAGGCGAUCUUUGGUUCCUGUCAACGUUGCCUCGUUGUCUCGUUAUGAAAGCGGCUCGAGGACUGACAGCCUCUCCCUCCAUCCUCAGCUGAUGAAGCCGCUGCCGGUGAGGAGACAACGGAUCGGGGACCCGGACAGUCUCCGGUGAACCUUCAAACAUCCGAAGUGUCGACCGGGACGGAUCAGUUUUAUUUUCCGUGUUCGUGUCGGAUUGUAACGGGAGCGGCUGCUGCAGCGGAAAGAUGCUGUCAUGCACAGAGACGUCAUUGAUUUAAAAGGCAAAAACAUACAGCAGUGACAUCAACUGGGGAUCGUUUCUAUCACAGGAAUCAUUGGGACAGAAAUACAACCCGGAUCGACCUGACAGCAAAUGUCUGCAGUGAAUCAUAGAGGAAGUGACAGUGUAACCCAUGACAGAGAUUCACUCACAUCCGCUCCGCCUGGAAAUCUUCACUGAAUUAACGCUGCUGAUCACGUUGUCACGUUGAAAUGUCAGCGUGAUCAGGAGACAUUUGUGUUUUUGAAUCAGGAUAACUAUAAUUAGUCUUUAUGAUCAAUUCAAGUUCUUCAAGCAGGGAAACAGUUCAUCCUAAAAAUCUCACUGUCUGCCAAGAAAUUAAUCACAUUUUAUUUUAUUAAGGCUUCUAAUUCGGUACACAGUAAUCCAAAGAAUGAUAUUUGUGUUAGAGGCAAAACUUCAGAUUUGAGAAGCUUUAAAUCAUUAUCUUCUUCAGAUGAAGUCUGAAACAUAAAUAUUUAAAAUCAGGACAGCAGUUCAAGACUUGACACUGAAGCAGGAAGUACGGGCGCUGGAGAGGGACAAAAACACAUCUAAGCAUCUUUGUACAAGACUUUUAAGAUAAAGAACUCUAAAAUGUGAUUUUAAUGUAUCCCACCUUUUUGAAUCAAUGCAGCUGUCUCACCUACUUCAUAAGAUUUGGCUGAACAAGGCUUUUUUCUGACACACCUAAAAAAAAGUGUUGGAUCACACCUGCACAAAGGUCCAGGGAAAAUUCAGCACUUUAAAGUUACUUUGAACAGUUGUGAUUUCCUACAAUCCAAAGACACCUUUCACAUGUGUAGAAAGAAACUGACUGGACUUUAAAGCGCUGCUGUAUUAUUUAUAGUCAGUCCACUGCUGCUGUGAUGCUGGACGUGGUGAAGAUGAAGGAGGCGUGCAGGAUCUGCGCCCGCGAGCUCUGCGGCAACCAGCGUCGAUGGAUUUUCCACCCAGCGGCCAAGCUCAACCUGCAGGUGCUGCUGUCUCACGCUCUGGGCCACGAGCUGACCCGGGACGGCCGUGGGGAGUUCGCCUGCUCCAAGUGUGCCUUCAUGCUGGAUCGCAUGUACCGCUUUGACACGGUCAUUGCCCGCGUGGAGGCCCUGUCACUGGAGCGCCUUCACAAGCUGCUGCUGGAGAAAGACCGGCUGAGGCAGUGUAUUGGAGGCCUGUACCGGAAGAACAACACAGAGGAUGGGAAUGUGGCUCCUCCUGGGUCUGUUGUGGGGGUCGUUGUGACCGAAGUGGGCUCUGAAGAUUCUCCUGUGGUGGAUCUGUCAGUCCUGCAGGAUGGAAGAUACUCAGAUAUGAUCCAGGAUGAUUUGACUUACUCAGUGUAUGAAUCCUGGGCUGAUAAAGAGGACUCUGCCCUGGACCAGCACACCCACCACCACCAGCACCAGCACCACCACCUCCAGUGUCCAGGAACAGACUCUCUCCCUGGCCAGAAGCCGAGGCGGUGCAGGGGUUGUGCAGCGCUCCGUGUUGCUGAUUCUGACUAUGAGGCGGUGUGUAAGGUUCCUCGCAAGAUUGGGCGCAGGAGCACAUCCUGUGGCCCAUCUACCCGCUACUCAACAGCAACUCUGGGGGUUGAGGACCCCCCCAGAACCUCUGGAGAGUCUGAGGCAACAGCUGUUGUCUUUGAGUCCUCCUUAGCUGAGCUGGACUCUGAUAAGACCAUGUGUGACAGGACAAGUCCCAGCCCGGCGUCAUCUGUUGAGUCUCUUGACACCGCCGUGGACGUGAGCUGCCCUCCUGCAAACCACAAAGAAAGAGAGGAAACUGAACCACAGGAGGCUCCAGUGAGAAGGGACACUCCAUGGGACAAACAACUGAGUGAGAGCGCCCUCUCUGGACUUGAGAUGACGCUGAGCCUUCUGAGGGGCUGCGAGUACCGGCCAGUGAAGCCCAACAGGGGCAGCAAGAUCCCAGUUCUGGUCAAAGCCAAACUGGAGCAAGGCCUGUCACUGUCCCUGCCCACACCACUGAGGUCACCCUGUGGAGGGGCAGCAGACUGUGACCUGUACCCUCACCAGCCCAUACCGGAGGUCGUGACCCCAUGUCCCCAGCAGGAGCUGCAGGCGGAGCUGGCAGAGAUGGAGGAGCAGUGGAUGGAUGAUUAUGUUGAGUGCGGGCCGUUCCGCUUUCAGCAGAGGCUGAUUGAUGAGCAGCAGGGCCAGCUCAGUCAGUAUGAGAGUGCUGCUGGACAGUGUGUCAGUGAGCUGCAGAAGGCCCAGGACCAGGUCUGCUCGCUCCAGGCCAAGAUCAGAGAGAGCGAGACCAGGAACCAGAAGCUGCAGGAGCGUCUUGGUGACAUGGAGUUGGAGCUGCGUUCAGCCCAAGAGGAAGCCCAGCGGCAAGAGCGAAACAUCCAGAACAUCACAGAUACUGUGAACUCCAAGGAGGCAGAGGCUGCAGAUCUGUAUCGGGUGAUUGAUGAACAGAAUAAGAUGCUGUGUUCUCUUAAAGAGCUCGCCAACCGCAACCAGCUGCAGCAGCUGCAGGUGUCUGGUGCAGACAGCAUUCGAGGUCAGGGUGAGUUGCUGGCUCUGCAGGCGUCUCUCUUCCAGGCUCAGCUGGAGCUGCAGGCUGGUCAGCGGGCGCAGCGACAGGCAAGCAGGACGCAGGAAGACUUGAAUCGAGCUCUGCAGAGGCUGGAGAAAGACCUGCAGGGGGCGCUGCAGCACAGGAGGGAGACAGAGAGACACAACCAGGAUCUGCAGCUGGCUCUGGAGAAGGCGCGAUCGGCCCUGCAGGACAGAGAGGAGCAGCUGAGAGAGGGAGAGCAAGAGAGACCGAGACAGGCCGAGGAGAGAGAGAGGACCAUCAGAGACCUGAAGACAUCGCUGCAGACCAAAGAGCAGCUGAUAGAGGACUACUGUGAGCUGUUGGAGGAUCCAAAGGAGAAGAAAGACUCUCUGCUUCAGAAACUCCGCCAGCGUAUCAAGGAGAGAGACAGAGCUCUGGAGCGUGCAGUGGACGACAAGUUCCGCAGCAUGGAGGAGAAAGAAGAGGAGACUCGUCGGCUCCAGCUGCUGCUCAGAGAGAAGGAGAGAGACCUGGAGAGGCAGCGCUGCGUCCUGGCCAACAACGAGGAGACCAUCUCUAGCCUGGAGGUGCUGGUGCGUGGUAAGGCUUUGGAGCUGGAGCAGGUGUGUGAUGCCUGGAGGAAUGUCCAGCGGCAGCAGCAGGAGAGCGAAGAGAGACAGAGCAGCGGUCUGAGAGAGAGAGACGGCAUCAUCACCCAGCUGCAGGCGGCACUGCACGCUCGCACGCAGGAGGCCCAGGAACUUCGUUGCACUCUACUGGCUCAGAUCCAAUCAGCUCCCAGGGACGUCCUGGAGGAGCUGAAAGUCCGCCUCCAACUCAAAGAUCGCCUCUUCCAGGAAGUGCUGGCCGACCGGACCCACCAGGCCCAGAACCACCAGGAGCAGAUCCAGGAUCUGCUCAGAACCAUCAGCUCCAGGGACCAGUACAUUCAGGACUCUGCUGGCCGGCUCAGUGAGGUGAUGACAGAGCAGACGGGGAGACUCCAAGAGCUCCGCAGACAGCUGAGCUCAGGUGUUGUAUCGAGGUCAGACUCUGGACCAGACUCUGCUGUGGAACUCCAGGCCCUGCAGGACGAGCUGCGUCUGGCUCUGAGAAGGGAGAAGGAGAGCCAGGAGCUGAGCAGGAGUCAGGCUAACAGAGUGGACUCCCUCACCAGGACUCUGUGUGUAAAGGAGGAGAUCAUCAGGGACUUCCAGAGGCAGAUGGUGGAGCCCUCUGGUCUCCCGCUGGUGGAGCGGUUGACCCAGGAGGUUCAGGAGCUUAGGGAGAGCCUGGUCCAGCGGGACGGUCCCCCAGCAAGAGGCCCCAUCCUGGGCCGGGACCGGCCCAACAGCAGGCAGCCCGAGUUUGGAGAACUGAGCUCAGAGGAUGAAGACGAGGCUGAUGAUGAUUUGAACAGCGAGUACACUGAGAGCAUUGAUGAAGAGGAGUCCAAACUGAGGGUCCAGUUUAUGGCCAACACCAAGAGUUCUGGAGGCACAGGAAAGCUUCCAUCCCAGGAUGUGUUGUUUGAAGGUCAGGGACUGAUGGAGGUCAAACAGCUGGUGGAGCAGAAAAGGGCGGUGGAGAGAGAGCUGGGAGAGCUGAAGGCUCAGCUGGAGAAGGCCGGCUUCUCCUCACUGUCACAGAUGAGGAAAGCUCUGUUCAGCCUGCAAGCAGAGAACAGAGAUUUAAAGCAUCAUCUGACUGAAGGGCUGCAGCCCGGCAGCACGAGCAGUAAUGAACAGAACGGUGAAGAGGAGGAGGAGGAGUUGGAUGUGACCAUAGAAGGGGUGGAGGAGGAUGAAGAGGAGGAGGAAAGCUCUGAGAUGUGGGACGCCUGGGAUGGAGAGCUGUCUCUGUCACAGACCAACAUCCAGACCGGUGGUGAGCAGAGAGUCAACAGACCUGAGUCACUGCACCUGCUCACCAACUCCUCACAGGAUGUCCUAGACAGUGAGCUGUCAGCCAGUCAGCAGCAGGGCGCCGUGUCCUCAGUGACGUGUGAGAAGACCGUUCGUCUGCAGCAGAAGAGCAAAGAGCUGCAGGAGAGGCUGAUGGUGUCUGAAGCUACAGUGCAGGCUCAGGCCGAGCAGCUCAAAGACUACAGGGAACUGCUCACAGAGACAGCCGUACAGCAGGACAGUAAGCAGAUCCAGGUGGACCUGCAGGACCUGGGCUAUGAGACCUGCGGCCGCAGUGAGAACGAGGCUGAGAGGGAGGACACCAGCAGCCCGGAGUUUGAUGACCUGGAGAUGUGCACAUCUCUGGACUGUGGGUCCCAGUGGUGGCCUGCCAGCAGCAGCAGCAACAACUCCGCCUUCACUAAAACCACCACCCAGAGCUCCGGUGAUGGAGACGAGAUGUCAUCUCUUCAGCGCCUCGUCGAGGACCUUCGCUCCCAGCUGUCCCGCUCUCAGGGAGUGAUCCGCGGGCUCCAGAGCCGGCUCCGCUCCCUCUCCACGUCCAGCGACUACGGACCCUCCACACCUCGCAAGGUCAACUGGUCCUUCCAGGCUUCGCCUUCCCAGAGUGGGGCAGAGGACGACGAGGGUUGGCAGUCAUCCGAUGGAGGUCCUCUGGCUUCACCUCGUCACCCUCAUCCAGAUAAGGGCCUGCAGGAGCUGGUAUCCCGCGUGGACGCACUGGAGGACCAGCUGAGGAAAGGAGGCAAGAAGUCUGUCAGCGAGGACGUAAAGUCUGCCACCUGGCCAGGUAAAUUCGACACUCUGAUCCAGGCUCAGGCCAGAGAGCUGUCUCACCUCCGCCAGCGACUGAGGGAGGGUCGAGGCGUGUGCAACAUCCUCACCCAGCACCUGGGAGACACCACCAAGGCCUUCGAGGAGCUGCUGAGGGCCAACGACAUCGACUACUACAUGGGCCAGAGCUUCAGGGACCAGCUGGCUCAGAGCAGCGCUCUGGCACAGCGAGUCAGCGCAAAGAUCAGCGGACGAGAUCAUCCUGAAGAUCCGGAUGAGAAGACAGAGCUGCUCGCCAUCCG